CUUCAGAUAUUUGAGAUUGAGAGAGGCUUUGGUGGGUUCCCGGAGACUGACAAGGGACUACUGCUGCCAACUGCGGCGGAUUCAAUCGCUUCGAAAACUGCACUCCUCUCCAAAUUUCUUCAUUCUUCGCUAUUCGUCGUUGCGCUACCAGAAUGGUAGAACAAAAUUCUGGCGAAUUGGAAAGAGGGGAAUGGACAUCAAAGGAUUUGGCAGAAGAGGAACUUGCGGAAGCUGCUAGCAGCUCGAGGCCAGCUGAAGAAGGGGGGAUUCUUGAACCAUAUGUGGGCAUGGAAUUUGAUUCAGAAGACGAUGCCAGAAGAUUUUACUCUGACUAUGCCAAGAGGAUCGGAUUUGUAGUUCGUGUUAUGCAGCGUCGUCGUUCUGAGAUAGAUGGUAGAACUCUAGCUCGCCGACUUGGAUGCAACAAACAAGGUUUUUCUCCCAAUACUAAAGGCAAGACUGGGCCAAGCAGAAAACCACGUCCUAGCGCACGGGAAGGCUGCAAGGCAACUAUAUUAUUCAAGCUUGAGAAGUCCGGGAAGUGGACAGUCACGAGAUUUGUCAAAGAGCAUAAUCAUCCGCUUGUCGUGACACCUGAUGAACGUACGAAUGUGCAUGACAAGGACAAGAAAAUCCAAGAACUGGCGAGGGAGCUGCGCCGGCAGGAAGAACUUUGCGCAGCGUACCGAGAACGAUUGAUCAGUCUUUUGACGUGCAUAGAAAGUCAAUCAGAGGAACUGUCUUCCAAAGUUGUAGCUGUAGUUGAAAAUGUGAAGAAAGCUGAAGCCGAAGCUCUGGAUGAAGUGCUAAUGUUGUCUGCGCCGUCGACCUAGGUAUGUCCCAUUCGGCUUUUGUUUCGCGAAUGUUUGGGAUUGUUAGUGUUAUCAGAGCUUGUGCUUGCAUUUGUGUUCCUAACCUACAAAAUGUAGUAUGUACAUAUAAUGGUUUAAGCCUAUUGAUACUUUGAUUAAUUA